GAUCACGCUGCUGGUGCUGCUGUCACGAGCCUGGAGAAUUACAACGGACAUACAUUACACAGGACAUCUUAUUUACCAAAUUUAGUGCGCGAUAAAGAGAGCAGGAUUACAAUUCCAUAUCGCUGGUUGGCAAUUAAGACUCUUUACUGAGUUAUUUCGGUAAACCGGUGAUGUAUUGCAGUAUUUGAAUGAUAUUGCUAGCCAGCUAGCUAGCUAGCUGUUAAGCUAGCUUUACGCUGCGUGACUCGAAGUAACUUAACGUUGUAUUCUCGGACGCUAUCCUCAUUAACACAUCUGGUUACUUUCAUCUUAGAGACAUCUGAAUAGUGGGUGGUUUUAACUUUGGUGAAUUUUACUGUAUAUGUUGUGCGCGCCGCUUUUAAUCCUAGCUAGAUAAGGAUUGAAUGAAAUAGCUUGCCAUAGCCAGCGGAAACGAGCCAGUUAACAGGGAUAACGUGAAUUUACCGUGCUUCUCGUUGAUCCACCGCCAUCCAGCUAAUCUAGCAAAAGCUAUUUGACUUAGCCAUCCACAAGCAUACAGUGAGCUUAGUAACUAACGGUCAAUCAUAAAGUUUUAGCAAACGACAGGAACUGCUAAGUGGCUAAGCUACUACUACACGUCAAGUUGGCCAUCUUCCACUCCAGUUCAGUGUGAGAAGCUGACCAACGUCAGUUCGUUUUUGCGGAUAAGGCCGGAGUGAGGACAGAAACCUGCAAAAAUGCCGGCUGUGUCGAAAGGAGAUGGAAUGCGCGGAUUAGCCGUUUUCAUUUCGGACAUUAGAAAUUGUAAAAGCAAGGAAGCUGAGAUCAAACGGAUCAAUAAAGAGCUGGCCAACAUUCGCUCCAAGUUUAAAGGGGACAAGGCUCUGGAUGGAUACAGCAAGAAGAAGUAUGUCUGCAAGCUGCUCUUCAUCUUCCUGCUUGGACAUGACAUUGACUUUGGACACAUGGAGGCAGUCAACCUGCUGAGCUCCAACAAGUACACAGAGAAACAGAUUGGCUACCUGUUCAUCUCAGUGCUGGUAAACAGCAACAGCGAGCUGAUCCGUCUGAUCAACAACGCCAUCAAGAAUGACUUGUCAAGCCGUAACCCCACCUUCAUGUGCCUGGCGCUUCACUGUAUCGCCAAUGUGGGCAGUCGUGAGAUGGCUGAGGCUUUCGCCAGUGAAAUCCCCCGGAUCCUGGUUGCUGGUGAUACGAUGGACAGUGUGAAACAGUCAGCUGCCCUGUGUCUGCUGCGACUCUAUAAGACCUCUCCUGACUUGGUACUGAUGGGUGAGUGGACGUCCCGCGUGGUGCACCUGCUCAACGACCAACACAUGGGUGUCGUGACAGCAGCCAUCUCUCUCAUCACCUGUCUGAGCCAGAAGAAUCCAGAUGAGUUUAAGACCUGUGUUUCCCUGGCUGUGUCUCGACUCAGCAGGAUCGUGUCAUCGGCCUCCACUGACCUGCAGGAUUACACCUACUACUUUGUCCCGGCACCAUGGCUCUCCUGCAAGUUGCUGCGCUUGCUGCAGUGCUACCCUCCACCAGAGGAUGGUGCUGUCAAAGGCCGUCUGGUAGAGUGUCUGGAGACCAUCCUCAAUAAGGCCCAGGAGCCACCCAAGUCCAAGAAGGUGCAGCACUCCAAUGCAAAGAACGCUAUCUUGUUUGAGGCUAUCUCACUCAUCAUUCACUAUGACAGUGAGCCAAACCUGCUGGUGCGAGCAUGUAACCAGCUGGGCCAGUUCUUGCAACACAGAGAGACUAACCUGCGCUACUUGGCUCUGGAGAGCAUGUGUACUCUGGCCAGCUCUGAGUUUUCCCAUGAAGCCGUCAAGACACACAUUGAGACUGUCAUCAACGCCCUCAAGACUGAGAGGGAUGUGAGUGUUCGACAGAGGGCAGCUGAUCUGCUGUAUGCCAUGUGUGAUCGCAGUAAUGCCAAGCAGAUCGUAGCUGAGAUGCUCAGCUAUCUUGAGACGGCAGACUACUCCAUCAGAGAGGAGAUGGUGCUGAAAGUGGCCAUCCUUGCAGAGAAGUAUGCUGUGGAUUACUCCUGGUACGUGGACACCAUUCUCAACCUCAUCCGCAUUGCUGGGGAUUACGUCAGCGAAGAGGUGUGGUAUCGCGUCAUUCAGAUCGUCAUCAACCGAGAUGAUGUGCAGGGCUACGCUGCCAAGACCGUCUUUGAGGCCUUGCAGGCCCCUGCCUGCCAUGAGAACAUGGUGAAAGUUGGAGGCUACAUUCUGGGAGAGUUUGGUAACCUCAUUGCUGGUGACCCACGCUCCAGCCCCCUGGUCCAGUUCAACCUUCUCCACUCCAAGUUCCAUCUGUGCUCUGUGCCGACUCGUGCCCUGCUGUUGUCGGCCUAUAUCAAGUUUAUCAACCUGUUCCCAGAGACCAAGGCCACCAUCCAAGAGGUGCUGCGUUGUGACAGCCAGAUCCGCAACUCAGACGUGGAGCUGCAGCAACGUGCUGUCGAGUAUCUGAAGCUUUCAUCCAUCGCUAGCACCGAUGUCCUGGCCACUGUUCUAGAGGAGAUGCCUCCUUUCCCAGAGAGGGAGUCAUCAAUCCUGGCUAAGCUGAAGAAGAAGAAGGGGCCUGGUGCUGUGUCUGUGACGGAGCUUGAAGACAGCAAAAGGGAGGGUGGGGAGCUCAACGGAGGAGGAGACCGGGGGCCAGACACAUCAGCCAUGGCUGCCUCCAAUGCUUCGACCCCGUCACCAUCAGCAGACCUCCUCGGGAUCCGUUCCGCCGCUCCCAUUGGUGCUGCUCCUUCCAGUGCUGGCAGCCUGUUGGUGGAUGUGUUCUCUGAGGCAGGGCCCGCCGCACCUUCAGCGGCUGUGAAUGACGACGGCUUCCUAAGAGAUCUGGAACAGCCCACCGAGACCUCUGACUCCCUAUUGGUGGAGGGUUCUGGUGACUCGGACUCUGCUCCUCCCUCUGAGGAUCCUGCUCCCCCUCUGUCUGAGGCAGACGAACUUCUUAACAAGUUUGUGUGCAAGAACAAUGGGGUUCUGUUUGAGAAUCAGCUGCUACAGAUUGGCAUCAAGUCAGAGUAUCGUCAGAAUCUGGGGAGAAUGUACUUAUUCUAUGGAAACAAGACGUCAGUGCAGUUUGCCAGCUUCACCACCACAGUCAGCUGUCCUGGAGAACUGCAGUCUCAGCUUAACGUUCAGACCAAACCAGUGGAACCACUGGUAGAGGGAGGAGCCCAGAUCCAACAGGUCCUCAACAUCGAGUGCCUGACUGACUUCUCUGACGCCCCGCUGCUCAACAUCAAGUUCAGAUAUGGAGGAGCUCUGCAGAACCUGACCCUCAAACUACCUGUCACCAUCAACAAGUUCUUCCAGCCAACUGAGAUGUCCUCGCAAGACUUCUUCCAACGCUGGAAACAGCUUAGCCAGCCUCAGCAAGAAGCACAAAAGAUAUUUAAGGCCAACCACAGCAUGGACACUGAAGUACUCAAGGCUAAGCUACUGGGAUUAGGAUCGGCCCUGCUGGACAACGUUGAUCCAAACCCAGAGAACUACGUGUGUGCUGGAGUGAUCCAGACCAAAGGCCAGCAGGUUGGCUGUCUGCUAAGACUGGAGCCCAACGCCCAGGCACAGAUGUACCGCCUGACUCUGCGCUGCAGCAAGGACUCUGUGUCCAGGCGUCUCUGCGAGCUGCUGGCCGAACAGUUCUAGAGUCCAGACUUCUACCGUGACCAGUACUCCCACCAUCCCCACCAGCGACCUCUCCCUCGACCCCUCCUGCCACACCUCUUCUCCUCCCUCCAACAAAGAAUCUUUGAGUAAAAAAAGGUGUAACCUACAUAAGGGAAAAAGCAGCCGCUGUUAGCAACAGCGGCCAUAUAAUUGUCAUUAUUCUUGUCCCAGAUUCUGAUUCCAUUUCAUCUUCUACUUGUUUAUUAACAUGAUGCUACAUUCUUGUUUUUGUUGGUGUUUACCUGUGUAGCUGGUGUGUGUGUGUGUGUGUGUGUGUGCGUGGCCAGGAGAGUGUGUGUGUGUGUGUGUGUGUGUGUGUGUCCCACAGUUGUGCUGGGGUCCCACUCUGCUCUAUCCUGGCUGCUCUGUAGUACUGAUGCUGUGUGUGUGUGUGUGUGUGUGUGUGUGUGUGUGUGUGUGUGUGUGUGUGUGUGUGUGUGUGUGUGUGUGUGUGUGUGUGUGUGUGUGUGUGAGAGAGAGAGAGAGAGAGAGAGAGAUUACAUAAUGAAUUGGUAGAACAUUCCUUGAAGACAAAUGGGAGACGCUGUUCAUCGCACAUCUGCACUCACCCCCACCCUACACAUUCACACACACACACUAGUAUAAGUAUGAUUCCUUGUGGUUCUGGUGGGACCCAUUAAUGAAGUUAAAACUGAGGGUCCAGCACUCUGCUAAUUGCCGCUUCGGCCCAUUCAUUUGCAUCAAGCAUUCCCAGUGAAAACAGGCCAGUGAAAAUGCACUUAAGGCUUUGGGAUCCUCUUUGAGACCCUCCAGCAUGAUCCCCCCUUAACUUUUCUUUUGAACGAGCUGAUUCCUCUCCUGAAGCCCUGUAAUGAUUAGCCCUUCAUUUCAAUGAACUAGUUCAGUCGUUUAUGUUAUUGAUGUGUCUGUAAAUAUGUGCCAGUGUAUUACUUUAUUGCUUUCUGAGACAUUCCCACCAUGCUUGUUUAGAACGGCUGUGAUGAUCUAACCUAAGCCGCCCAUGUAGAAGGAUGGCACAGAAUGGACUGUAGAUGAAGGGUACAGCAGUGAGACUUGCAGUGUUCAAACUGUCUUUUAGAGCCGCUUGGAAACGUCCCGUCCACUUCCUGGAAGAUUACUUCCAGGAGCUUCUCAAUGAAAAGUUUCGGGAAGCAUCUGUGAGCUACUCUUCAUUGGAGGUGGGGAAGUUUAUCAGAUGUGCAUUUGCCAAAGCAACCGUGUUGUCUUCAUCACUAUAGUCUUUUUCUCUUGUAAAAACUGAAGAUUCUUUUUGAAAACACUUGUGAUAAAGCUUAAAUCUAGGACAAGCCUCACAAAGUGAGAUUUCUGCUUUAUGGUAAGCAUUUUCAACCAGUUUUACAAGUUUUUUACAAGAGAGAAGAUUUCACUGGUUGGUUUGGCAAAUGUACAUCUGGUUAACUUCUCUAGCUCUGAUUAAGUGGAGUAUAUAAUUGCUCUGCUAAACUAUUCAAUGGGAAGCAUCUGGGACUGCCUCCACAUGGUGGAUGAGACAAUCCCAAACAGGGAUGACUAAAUCUCAGAGCCAUCAUGGCUCCAGAGGAUGUCAGUACUGGCUUAAGUUGCUGCACCAGGGUCUGUAUGGAGUGCCAGAGUCCCAGUGCACUGCCAAAAUAGAGCAUAAAGAGAUACACUUAAAGGAUAUAACAGUUUUCAAGCUCUGAACAGACACAGCUGCAGCAGCUAAGUCCAGCACUAAUAUAUGUAUGAGCGCCCAGGCUGGACAGGAAGAUCAGUCUGAUAUACACACUCAUAUUCUCACUUCUACAGCUAAGUAUUUACAAAAGAGAUCAAUGCCAAUGAAUCUGAUGUGUACACAACCACUACAAUAAAUGUUUGGGAACACAUAGAUGUUCAGCAACCUCAAAAUGUUUCAAUUUUAAGCAUCCAUAGCUUUCUAACUCUUCCCAGGCUUUCCUCUCAUGCACAAGCACUGAUGUUGUGGGAGAGGACCAGAUGUAAGACACCGAGUUGUCCAUUACAACUACAGGGGGCUCGGUAUAUGUGUGUGAAUGUGAGUGUGGCUGUAAGCAGGUGAGAACAAAAAGCCUAAAGACAUUUCUGAUACAUGGUCACAUUACAUUCUGUGGCUGCAUGGCAAUCACAAGACAUUGAACUUUGUAGUGGAAAAUGUAGUCAUUUUGUCAUUCUGUGAGUGUGUGUAUGUGAGUUGGUGUGUGUGUGUGUGUGUGUGUAUGUGUGUGUGUGUGUGUCUAUGCAGUAUCCACUAGCUAAUGCAGCCUCAUGUAUCGGUGUUAAAAAACCUGUCCAAUACCUGUGUUAGAAUUAAGAUUUACUCUGUAAUGAAAAAUGUGAAAGUAAAACUAUGCCAUAUAUCCGA